AUGGCUACGAAUCGAAAAAGGGAGGCCCUAGGCCAGAACGGUGACCUUCACCAGCCGAAGGCACAGAAACACAACUCCAAUAUGUCGCCAGGAAGAUUGCAAGCUUAUCAUGAAGGCGCAAACGACUACAACGGUUAUGAUGUUGCCGUGGUGGGCGCUGGGCUAGCAGGCUUGAUGCUCGCUGCCAACCUGGUUCGAUUUAGUAUCAGAACGGUGAUAUUGGACGACCGGCCAGACAAGACCUCCACAGGCCGAGCAGAUGGCUUGCAGCCGAAGACGAUCGAAACGCUGAGACAAAUGCGAUUAGCAGAUGGCCUCCUUAAGCGUGCCGCACGGAUUUACGAUAUAUGUUUCUGGAGCUCAAGUCCAGACAGCCCUAUGAGAAGGACUGGCCGCCAUGUUCACUACCCGCCCGUCGUGGAUCUCCUGGAUCCGUACAUUCUGCUCGUUCAUCAAGGCAUAGUCGAGGAUGUCUUCCCGGACGAUCUGCGAGAUCGAGGUGUUGAAGUACGGAGGAGCGCACCAUUUAUGACCUAUGAGGAGACUCCAGGCCAAGACAGAGCGCUCAACGUGCUCUACGAUAAUCAGGGAAACAGGAGAUCGAUUCGGGCAGACUACCUCGCUGGCUGCGACGGUGCUCAUUCUCAAGUCCGGAAGUGCAUACCAGGUGCUGUUGCUGAGGGCUCAAGUUCUAAGGCCAUCUGGGGUGUUCUUGACGGCGACAUUGAUACAGACUUUCCAGGUUUAUGGAGCAAGGCGGUGGUCUACUCGCACAAGUACGGCAAUGUAUUGUGUAUUCCUCGGGAGAGCAAUUUGACUAGACUCUACAUCGAGCUCAAGUUAGAAGAUGGCGAAAGACUGCCAAAGGAGAAGGCUACCCAGGAGUAUGUUAUGGAACGUGCUAGAGCUAUAUUACAGCCGUACACCUUAAGCUGGACCAGCAUUGGUAGGGAUAUUGUUCAAGCAUCGGAGUUAUCAGCUAAUGUGGCCGCAGAAUGGUUCGGUAUCUACUAA